CUAUGAUGAGAACAUUCUGUGAGCGCCGAGACGAUGAACUCUACGAUGAGAACAUUCUGUGAGCGCCGAGACGAUGAACUCUAUGAUGAGAACAUUCUGUGAGCGCCGAGACGAUGAACUCUAUGAUGAGAACAUUCUGUGAGCGCCGAGACGAUGAACUCUAUGAUGAGAACAUUCUGUGAGCGCCGAGACGAUGAACUCUAUGAUGAGAACAUUCUGUGAGCGCCGAGACGAUGAACUCUAUGAUGAGAACAUUCUGUCAGCGCCGAGACGAUGAACUCUAUGAUGAGAACAUUCUGUGAGCGCCGAGACGAUGAACUCUAUGAUGAGAACAUUCUGUCAGCGCCGAGGCGAUGAACUCUAUGAUGAGAACAUUCCAGGCGCUUAGUAACACCCUUUUUAUGACACAACAAAGCUAACUAUCACAUCUUUAUAUAUUUGUAAACAUAAUCUGGAUCACAACCUUACAUUAAAACAUUCUUUUAUUUUGUGAAAGUAUAGUUUUUGACGCACUCUUUGCAGUGUUUGGUGAGCAUCUAGUCCAACACCCAAGGACUUGAGAAUCAUUGUAUUCUCUUUUUAUUUAGCAAUUCAACAAGAUGACAACUUCACUGCUUUUGCCUUUUGUAUAUUUUGGCCCUCUGCCUUCCGCCCGAUUGUAGCUGAGAUAGGCAGCAGCGCCCCCCGCCACCCCCAAGGGAAUAAGCGGUAGUAAAUGGAUGGAUGGAUGGAUGGAACAUUUUUUUCAGUUGCACAUGAAAGUCUACUAGUUUUCCGAAUCAAGCUGGCACCUUGUCAUAAAUCUUUUAACACUUGAGUGCAACCCACCAGAAGACAUACGGACAGAAAAUGAAAAAUCUAAUUUUGGAUUUAAAAAAAAAAAAAAAAAAAAAAAAAAGCUUUGGGAGAUUAGAUAAAAAGCUCCCAGUGCAAUUUUUGAUAUUGGCUGAGCAAGUCUUGCAGUGUCGAGUAAUUCCCAACACAUUCAAGUUGUCCUGGUUGCUAGGCGACGGGAGCACUUCUGGAGACCAGGCUCACAUACUUUGUCACAUUUCAUCAGGUCUGGUCUAUCUGGACUUCCUGUUGGACAGGAAGUCAUGGACAGGGUGGUUGUGUUGUUUACAUGUCACCUGUGCAAGGUGUGGUCAACAGUGUUGUUUACAUGUCACCUGUACAAGGUGUGGUCAACAGUGUUGUUUACAUGUCACCUGUGCAAGGUGUGGUCAACAGUGUUGUUUACAUGUCACCUGUACAAGGUGUGGUCAACAGUGUUGUUUACAUGUCACCUGUACAAGGUGUGGUCAACAGUGUUGUUUACAUGUCACCUGUACAAGGUGUGGUCAACAGUGUUGUUUACAUGUCACCUGUGCAAGGUGUGGUCAACAGUGUUGUUUACAUGUCACCUGUACAAGGUGUGGUCAACAGUGUUGUUUACAUGUCACCUGUGCAAGGUGUGGUCAACAGUGUUGUUUACAUGUCACCUGUACAAGGUGUGGUCAACAGUGUUGUUUACAUGUCACCUGUACAAGGUGUGGUCAACAGUGUUGUUUACAUGUCACCUGUGCAAGGUGUGGUCAACAGUGUUGUUUACAUGUCACCUGUACAAGGUGUGGUCAACAGUGUUGUUUACAUGUCACCUGUACAAGGUGUGGUCAACAGUGUUGUAAGAGACACAUGACUACAAGAAGACAUGGACACGGUGGUUGUGUUGUUUACAUGUCACCUGUCCUGAAAAAUGGUGUGCCUCUGCCUUUGUAGUCGGUGUCGACACCGUGGUGGAUAAGCUUCUUCUUCUUCUUCUUCUUCUUCUUCUUCUUCUU